AUUAAACUAAAAAGAAAGCCAAUAGAUCGGAAUGACGGUACAAAUUAGUUUGCAAAAACUCGAAAAACGACAUGUUUAACGAUGAAAAUUAUAAGUAUUUGUGAUAUAAUAGCACAUUACUAGUUUCUGGUCCCGCAGUUUAAAUACGCAGUUAAUUCAUUGUAUGUAUUACGAGUUAACAGACGGUUAAACAGCAUUCGCCUUUUUCAUUGUUUCAUAUUUCUGCCUCUGAGCUUUCAAAUUCUUCUCCGGGUUCAGGAGCCUCUGGAAUAUCAGUCCCCUCUGGAAGAUCAGUUCCCUCAGGUACCUCUUGUAGGUCCGUUUCUUCUGGCUCUUCAGUUGCACCUAUGGUAGACAUGUACAGAAUAAAAAGGGCGAAAUUAUCGCUACCACCACGUUCCCACUGGAGCUUGUGUCGAAUCCAGCGCUUUCUUAAAUGGGUUUUCAUUCCAGUUCCUCAGGAUAACUUAGGGUUAAGCUGCCAGAAUUUUUUUCUUUGUCCCAGGAUAACGUAGGGUUAAGCUGCCAGAUUUUUUUCUUUGUUCCACGCUCGUGACAAGACGAAAAAAACAUCAUUUUGGAUCUCUUCACUCGUUUAAAUAGUCGAUCCGGAACAGUGAUAUCAUGAGUUUUCUGAUUGAACAUCUUUGUUUUCUUGAUGUUUGUCUGCUCUCCAACUUAUUGAUUAAAGCAAGCCAUUUGUAUCAAAAUAAAAAAAUGCAUUGCAACCUCAUUUCGUCAAAUAUUUUGACUUAAAGAAGUGUUUGAGGAAACUUUCUCUUUUCUUAGUUAAAUCAUGGCUUUACCAUUUCGUCUUUCAACUUUUGUCUUUACUUCACUUGUUUGCAGAAAUCAUUCCAGGUUGCUGCCGUAGUUAUUCUCUCAUUUAAUGCUUAAAAUGCCAUAAAUUUUGCCAAUAGGCUGUCAGUUUUGUAAGGAAAAAAUUCAGAGUCUGAAAAAAAUAUCACGAUACUGAUACGGUUUGUUUUCUACUUGAUAAAAAAAAGAGAAGGCAUCUCUUAGGAAACGGUGGACGAUGAAUAAUGAAUAAUUUGUCUUAUAGAACCACAAUCUUUAGCCGAGUAUUUCCAAAUGAUUUCUCUUUUAUAACCAAACUGACUUUUUUCUUAAUGUAAAAGUUUUGUAGUCUUUCUUUUCUGCUUUUUUUUGUAACUUUGUAUGUUUCAUAAACAACAACUGUUCAUAUUGUUAUCUUCUUUUCAUAAACACAUUUUAUUAAUAAGAAGUUCUAUCUCUUGCUCUUUCUAUAUAAAAAUGGCCAAAACAUUUCAUCCACUAAAAAAUUCAGCAGUUUACUUUUCCCCGGAAGGGCUAUACAUCUAAGUGUUGAAGAAAGGUGUUUUCCACAAAAGUAUGGACUGCUGCAAGCCUUAUCAACAAAUACCACUUAUAUCAUACCCAAAAUGAAUCACGCUUUGACAUCAAUGAAUUACAUAGAGUAGAAUUCUAAUACUGGAAACAAAAAUCCAAAAAAUAAAAAGUAUGAUGAUCUAUGUUGAUUUAAACUUGCCUGGUGAAUAAAAAUAAGCUGCAGUUAGCUGUCCCACAUAAAAUGCAACGAAUAAGAAUAGGAAAAAUUCCGGACGCAUCAUUUUCUGCAACUGUUCUCUUCCCAGCCUUUCCUUUUUAGAGAUAAUGGAAAGUUUGACCUGUCUGUGGGGCAAGUUGGAGCUUUAAGUACUUAAAAUAAGCGGCAGGCGGUUAUUAACUUUCAAAGCAGAACAUAGUUCGCUUUUCAGCUUCUUAUAUUGGCUUGAUUAUAGUAAAAACAUCGCAAUAUUUAUUUCGCCCGUUUAGCCAAUCAGUGCCUAGGGUUUUAAAUAACAAACACUGAAAUAAGACUACGCAAUCACUAAUUGCUCUUUACUUCUUCGGCAAAUGCAAAGGGACGGGAUGUCUUCUCUCGUUUGUUCUGUUAACGAUUGUUGUUCAGUCAACGCUUAUGGUAUGUUCUAUUUAGUCGGAAGAAUAUUAUCCAAUGACAAAGGAUGAAUACUGGACCUCAUCCAGAGCGAUAAUACUGUACUUUCGUGACAUAUCUGAAUGGUUAAUUUAAAUGUGAACACUUACUAAAAAACCCCAAGGUCGUCGUUGGCGAGGGCACGAAUUCGUCACUCAGUGGUCUCCAGCAAUAGGUUGACAGCAGCUCUCAUUGAACAGUGGCUCUUAGAAAAGGUGCCAACGUUUUUAAGUGAAAAAGAAUUUACCAGUCAAGGAGAGGUUAUAUUGGAUCGUAGUCGGUUUUUUUAGUCUCGGCACGUCACAAAGCGAUUUAAUUCAUCACAAACAGAUACACAUUUGAAGCACACCCAGGCGAGUGUCAUGUUGUGUGUAACAAUCUUGGGAAAAUGUUUGGCAGCUGCUAGAAAAACAUUUGCUACAUUUGCUACAUGGGUUAGGCUCCUCAACUUUUCCUAGAAAAAAAAAGAGUCAAUCAAUUUUCACUACGUACGGUUUUCGAGCGCAUCUUGAGUUAAAGUUUUCUCAGAUAGCAUUAUCCUAAUUAAUUGAGUUCGGAAUACUCAUUUUCGAGCGUGCCAUAAACUUCGAAGAAACAUUGCAUAUCUCUAACAUGUUUCCGUGUUUUCUUAAACUAUCUCUACAAGCGGUAAAAACACGUGCUUAAGCUUUGCGUAGUGUAAACGUUUGACUCAUUCAAAGUUGAGAAUCCUUUGAGUUGACAGCAGGGCUGCUGCAUACACAAAAUAAGAAUUUCCCGGGUCAUUGGAAUAGUUAUAAAAAAGAUUUGAAGUUCCUUCCUUCAGAUAUGGAUAACAGAUAUUUAUUUCUGAUAGGAAGGAAAAUUAUGUAUUGGAAUGCAUUUUUAUCAUUUUGGAGACAAAAUGCCUAAUGACUACUGGAGCAAGGUCAAGCGAAAAACCUGAGUACCCGACUUUGAUCCUUCGCAUUUCGCACUCCAACGCUUUACCACGGAGUCGCAGAGAAGUCAUAUAAGAGCCAAGCCCAACACUAGUUUUAAUACCGUAACUAGUGUCUUGUAGGAAAUUGUCACGUAUGAACCCCAUCUAUUAAACUUCUCCGGCGUCGUAGUGCAAACUCGAAACAAGAAAUCCAAGGGUGUAAAGUGCAAUUGAGCACAGAGAACUGAAUUUAUAGCCAGGCCACAACAGCAGACGAGCUCCUGCAUUUGAGAAAUGAGGGUUUUUAACGAGACGAUUUUCCUUUCUAAUUACUACAUAUAUGUGCCGAAGGUCUUCUUUUCAGCAAUGAAUUUUAAGAAGCUUGAGUUUGGCUUAACAUUAUUUUGUUUUGUGAAUAACUUGUUUCGAAAAGGAUUUUAAAAGUUUUGAAAACAAUCACAUUCCAUAAGGAGUACGUGUGGAUACCAAAUUGCGAUGUUUAAUUAUAGUGAAUUAGCAUUAACCCAGAAAAUUAAACAAAAAAGUUUUUCGGCUAUGAUUUGCUGAAUCUUACUUUCAGACAAGGGAAUUUUUGUCCUUACGUUUGAUAUGUGCUCUUGACACACCCAUGAGUGCAAGCUGUUACAUAACAUUUAAAGUAUAUUUUUUUUCUUGAAGAUUAAAGAAAAAAAUACUCUCAAUCAUCAGUGUCCUGAGGCUCGAACGACUACUUGAUGUGAAGUGAGUUGCAAUUUCAUUGAAAUCGACUUAUUUCUCCUAAUAGCAUAACGAUAGGCGAAAAGAAUAAUCAAAGUCGUACUUGAGUCAAACUGUCCAUAGACAAGUGACUCUUCUCAAAUAUUCUUCCUCUUGUUCUUUUUCUUGACUGUUCUUUUUAUAUUUUGUUAUUUUCCCCUUGUUCAGCGGGGAAAUUGGAAGACAUGUUAUCUCCGUUUUCUAUAGAAAAUGGUCCUGUUAAUCAUGGCUAAUUAUAUAACUGAAAGUUUAAUCGUUUUUCUAACGAUAUAAGAGUCAGGCUAAUCAUAGGCUAAUUAUAAACCCUUAGUUCAGCGUGGAAAUUUGAAGAAACAUUAUUUUCGUUAGAUAAAGAGAAUGCUGUUGUUAAUCGUGGCUAACUUUGUAAGUGAAAUUUUAAUCGUUUGUCUCACGAUGUAAGAGUCAGACUAAUCAAUCGAGUAUUGAUCACGACCUUUCGACAAACGAUGAAACGUCAGUUAUAUCGUUGUCUUUUUGACUACGCUUACGUUUAUAUCUGAAAUCGGUUUGGAUCAAGAAAGAAAGCAAUCAGCUUUAAAAGAUGAUUUAAGCGUAAUUAUGCCAUGUGCCAUCCUUUAAGAAGCCUACCUUUUGGUAAAAUGCGUUGUUUUACCAAAAAGUAUGCUUCUGGAAGGAUGAAACAAUUUUACACACUUAAAUUAUGAUAUUUCGACAGGCCAACAAAAAUCGAAGUUAUCACCAUAAUUGUAUUCGCCCAUAAUCGACUGAACGCUCAACACAAAAGGAAUCAAUAAGUAUGCGUGGACUGUGGUUUCCUUAAGCAACAUAUCCCAUGCCAAUUUAAAGCAUUAUUGAAUAAAAGAAACAGCGAUAUAUAAACUUUAUCAAUUUAAAGACAUCAAACGGCGUUUACUUUAUAAGAACAACAGUCUCCCCUGCAUCCAUCCCACCGUAACUACCUGCAUCAAAAUGACUCAACCAGUGCCACCCACACAGGGAGAUAUUGUAUUUCCUACAGUCUUACUGAAGGUUUAGAUUUGCCGCUCGAACGAGAAUCGGAAAUUUGAAAAAUCCCACGAGUAUUUUAAAAGCUGAUGCCUUGAUUUUUUCUAAAUAGUAAUAUACGGUAAUUUCUCGAUCGAUUGGCAACGCUUCAUUCCUUUUAAUGAAAAUAAUCCGCUUUUCUUAAUAAGUAUGCGUUUGUAAACGGUGAUUAAAGUCUUCUCUCCCUUCUUUUGAUGACUUAGUCUCGCAAUAAUAUUUCGAUAUAAUUGAAUAGCAGAGGUAGUGAAAAUCGUAAAAGUAGUCUGAGGAGAAGUGAAAGUAGAAGCAUUAUUUGUAGCAGUGCACACGGUCUUUCUCCUUAUGAUACUAUAAUUUCUACGUACGUCUUACGUUUAUUAUCUUAAUUUACAUUGUUAACAUACUGACGAUGAAUUGGCUUUAGAAUAUUCCCUUUAUUCACAGCAAACGACUUGUUUAACAAUUCAAACAAAUUAACAUUUGUGACAUUGUAGUAUAUUACUAGUUUCUGGUCGUGCAGUUUGAAUGGUUUCAGAAAAUUGGUAAAAUAACGAGUUUACAAAGCAUUCGCCUCCUCUACUGUUUCGUGUUUGUGUUUCAUAUUUCUGUCUCUGGGGGUUCGGUAACCUCUGGAGCCUGUGUGCCCUCUGGAGCCUGUGUGCCCUCUGGAGCUUCAGUCCCCUCUGGUGCCUCGGGUCCUUCAGUUGUACCUAAUGAUCACAUGUAUACAAUAAAGAGAGUGAGAUUAUUACCACCACUACGCCCCCACUGGAGAAGUCAUUUUUCCGGGUGUUCAUUUGGUAAUCAGCGUCUUUAUUAAUCGUAGUUGUAAACGGAUGAUGGGGAGGCUCUUGUACGCGUGAUAUGCAAUUGCACGCAUUUCACCUCGACGAGACGAAUUACGCCAAAGAAAGUGAUACAUUGGGUCUCUAGAGGGUGUACACUUAGUCAGGAUAUUCUAACAAGUUCUAUUAGCUCAAAUGAAAUGAGUACUGUUAUCAUGCGAUUAUGAAAGGUUAUGUUCCUUCACACUCUAGUUUAUUCCCUGACUAUGAGGCAGUCUUUGUCAAAUUCGCUUUAUUGGGGGUACUUUUCAAUCAAUCUUUCCAUGUAACCAAGUUGUUUGCGUGAAAGCAGAGAUGGAAUCAGAAAGACAUGAUGACUCUCCAAGCAACGAAGCGAAAACAGGAUGAAAACACAGACUUUGGUAUUAUUACUUCGGAUUAGACAACAUCUAAUAUCUUUAAUGUUUAUAAUACAAAUUUUCUUUCCUUCCUUUCCUUCUCGUUUUUGCAGAAAUUAAUUGUUCAAAUUGUCGUCUUCUUUUCAGAACCACCCUUUUAUCGCUCGAAGUUCUCUCUUCUUUGUCCAAAACAUCGUGUUGAGUAAAAUUUAGUAAGUUACUUAGUCUCGGAGAGGUUAGACAUGUAAGUGUUAAAAAUACACAUUCCACAAAAGUAUGAGUUGACGUUCUAUUAGAUGUUGCCCUAUCAACAAAUCGCACAUCUAUCAUAUCCAAAAGGAAUCAAGCUUCGUCAUCGAUUGCAGAGAGGAUAAUUCUAAAAUUGAAAAUAAAUCCCUCAAAAAUUAAAAUUCUUAUAGUUUAUGUUGACUUGAACUCGCCUGGUGAAGAGAAAGCUGUCAGCUGUCCCACAUAGCAUGCUAGAAAUAAGAGGAGCAACAUUCUCGAACUCAUCUUUUUUGGUAGCUGUUUUCUUCGUCUGCCUUUCUUUGUUAGAGAUAACUGAGAGUGUGACUGCACUGCGUGGUAAGUUAGAGCUUAUAAUAAGCGGCGGUAUAUAUUAGUUAAAAGCAGCCGAGUAGAAGAUUUUUGGGCUUCUAAUAUUGGUUUGAUUAAAGUAGUAACAUUCCGAUAUUUAUUUUGAUCAUGAUCAGCGUUUGCGGUUUGAAAUUAGGAACAAUGACGAUGAGACAAGGUGGUCACUAAUUCUCUCUCUACCUAUUUGGGGGACAGAAUGGCAUCUUUUGCUCGUUUGCAAGGUUCGAAACUGGAUAUGUUCUCUCAGUAUUUGGUGAACGCUAAUGGUAUGAGCUAUCUUGUAGUAAGAACAUUUAUCAGUUGCUGAAUAACAGUAUUUGACCUCUUCCAGAGGGAUAAUACUGCAACUUCGUGAUUUUACCAUUUUCGACCAAAUGUCCAUCAAUUAUAGUUACCUGCUUAACUGUUUACGCCUCUAUUAGUAUCUUCAGAAUAUGUGAUCUAACCCAUCAUUGUAUGCCAAAAGUUAGUAAUAGCUUUCUUGAAACGAGUUGCUCUCGAAAAUCUACCAACUUUCUAAGUGAAAAAGUGGAGUCAUAUUUACUUCAGUCAAUAGGUAAUAUUGUAUUGCAAUCCCAAAGAGCUUUCAACGAAAACAUAUCAGUAAAGAAAGGUGACUUUCGUAUCCUACAAAUCAUCAUUACUGAAUACCAAUAACUCAAUUUCGUACGUGCCAUAAACUUUCAAGAAACUAUCCACAUCCAUUACAUAUUUCCGUGUGUUGUGUUUUUAAAAAUAAUACGGUCUAAAACUAUUAUUGGCAAAUAUCUGUACAAGCCGCUCAAACAUGCGGUCAAUCUCCUUGAUGGUGGGGAAUCUAUUGGCUCGACAGCACGACUGCUUAGCAAAUCACAAACAAACACGGAAAAUAAAGGUUUGCUGGAUCACAGAUAAUAAUAAUAAUAAUAAUAAUAAUAAUAAUAACAAUAAUAAUAAUAAUAAGAUAUUACUUGCAGGGUUAACAGAAAUUUACUCUAACAGGAAGAAGAAGUAUUCUCUGAGCAGAUCGAGACCUAGUUAAACCACGCGUCUUUCAUCUUUUUUUUUUAUAAUUACUACGAAAUGAUGUUAAGCAUGAAAAUGUCUCGAUCUAAGUUAGAAUUCAUCGCUUCCUUUACUAGAAUGAUGCGAUUUUCUUCGCUAAGGAUUUAUAAGACAUGUUUACGCUUAACCAUCAAGGUUUUCCUUCAUCUCUUACGCAACAUAACAAAAAAUUAUUUUAUAACAACCCGUGAACCUAUUAAAUAUAAAUAUAUGCUUCUUAUGGUAUUAUUUUCUGAGAGCUGUUAUUUGAAUCGUUAUGUAUGUAUAUAUAUAUAUAUAUAUAUAUAUAUAUAUAUAUUUAUAUGUUAAAUAUAUAUAUACCUUUUCUUUUCUCAUAGAAAAAUACACUUUUUGACAAGAAAACAAAAGAUAUAUAUUUAAUAUAUAUUUUCAAUGUUGCAACGUUUUUCAAAACGGGUUUCUAUAUACACACCUAUGGUUUUCUCAUCACAAAGGCUUAUAUAUAUUUCAUGUAUAUUUUUAAAUUACGUUUUUGACAACGAGUGUAUAUAUAUAUAUUUAUAUAUUUAUACAUAUAUAAAAAAAAAGUUACUAGAAGUCUCAGGCUAACAAAGGUGCACCGCGCCAGGAGGAUCAAUAAAGAUUCGCAGUCCAAACUUCACAGCAAACAAGAACGAAGAGAGUUAAGAAAAAUGCGAGGAUGGACAACUUCUAACGUGAAAAAGAUAAAAAAUUUAAUAAAAACGUUUCGGUCAGAGACUUUCUUCAGUUAUUUACAGCCUUUGAAUAAAAAAGAGCUUUAAAUAAGGUCGAGGUGCUAGUGAUUACAUAAUUACAGGUGACAACUAAUGAAUAAGAUACAAAAUCACGUGAAAGAGCAGGGUUCAAAGAAUGCUUGUAGCUCUGCCGAUCUAGCCAUGGGCGAAAUUGAUCUCAAAGCUAAGUUUUCUGGUCCGAUAAAGCCGUCCUUAUGGUGGCGAUAUCGAGACGAUAUAUUUGAUCUUUGGCAGCAAGGCCUUCCUGCCCUACAUCAAUUUACUGAUUACAUUGAUUCUCUGUAACCCACUAUUAAAUUUGAGUUAGUUUUUUCUGAGCGUGAGCUUCACGUACUUGAUCUUACUUUAUAUCUUAUCGAUGGAUUUAUUAAGACAGACGUCUAUUCCAAACCUAUAGAUAGUCACUUAUAUCUUCCACCUUCUAGCUGCCAUCCUAAGCAUGUUUUCAAGGGUAUUCCUUUUGGAGUAGCCACAAGAUUGAAAAAAAAUUGCUCUGAAGAAAUUUUUCUUGCCGAGAGAACGUCCAGCUGAGGAUAAAGAGUGCCUUGUUAACCAGGGCUAUCCCUCUAAAUUAGUUUCGGAUCAAUUCCCCAAAGACUCCGCCAUUCCUAGAAAUGAUUUACUUAGGACUCAUGGAAAAGAAACGAAGAAAUCAUUUCAUUUAAUCCAAAUUUACCCGACGUAGGCAACAUAAUCAGAAAGCAUUUGUUCAUUCUACAAACCAACCCCAAAUUAAAAGAACUUUUUCCUCGAGGUUCUAUCAUACCAUAUUUUCGUCGGUCAAAAAAUCUCAAAGAAUUAUUAGCACCAUUUUGUCUUAAAACUGUCAACGAGGGACAAACAAUUCAUCACAACAAUGACUGCUUCAAAUGCGAUAGGAAUAGAUGCGACCUCUGUCGGAACUUCUUUGUUGAAUCUAAAUCAUUUCUUAGCUUUCAGACGGGUAAAAAAUACACCAUUCAUUCCAGAAUUUCUUGUGAUUCUAAAAAUGUGAUUUAUUUGGUUUCUUGCAAGAAAUGUCGCUUGCAAUACGUGGGAUCUACCGCUACCGACUUUAGAAUUAUGUUUCGUAAUAACACGAAUAUCUUUGAUCAGAUACAGACCCCAAGCGGCUCUAAGGAGAUCGAUAGGCUUUUAGGUACAAAAGAAGCUUUUGGAGUGCUCAGCUCUUAAAUAAAAGAAAGGAAUUUCUCAGCUCUUAAAUAAAAGAAAGGAAUUUCAUUCAAAAAACAGAAUUUGCUAUAAUUAAUUUUCCAUCCUAUAUUAUUCGUUACUGAUUAAUCGUUCAAAGGCCCUUUUCUUGGAUUUUGCGAGCCUUUUAGGUGUUGAUUGGACUCAGAGGCCAUGCCAAGGGAUCUUAUUAUGAUUAAUAUUAUUUAAGGGCCCCUCCAGGGAUUUUGCUGCUAAUUUGCCCUUUCAGGCUCCAAAGGCCUUCUUGUGGGAUUUUGGCACGGUUUACAGUUGUUGGUAAAAGUGAGUCUAUCCUUUUCUAAUGCUUGCCGCAUUGCCUAUUCAGUUGCGCUAUUCGUUUUAGCAAGUUUAUUUUUUUUAGUUUUUAGUUUCUAGGUUUUAUCUCUCGUAUUUUGUCCAUUAUUUUCUUUUUGGCUUCUUUUUUUUGAUAUUUUCGCUUUGUUGAUUUUGUUUUCUGUCAUCUUUUUUAUUAACACCACUUUCUGCUCUUUCACGUGAUUUUGUAUCUUAUUCAUUAGUUGUCACCUGUAAUUACGUAAUCACUAGCACCUCCACCUUUUUAAAGCUCUUUUUUAUUCAAAGUCUGUAAAUAAUAGAAGGUCUUUGACCGAAACGUUUUUAUUAAAUUUUUUAUCUUUGUUACGUUAGAAGUUGUCCAUCCUCGCAUUUUUCUUAACUUUAUAUAAAUACAUACAUAUAUAUAUAUAUUCUAGUUUGAGCACUCUGGCAUGGCUUAGAUGAUCCUACAUGUGUGAGAUCACUUGGGGUGGCUAUAUGGCCUUACCUCCAUCCAAGCAUCAGCACUGCACUGAUGAGGCCCAGAAGGCCGAAACAGUACUGUCUGCAGUUAUAUAAAUAUAUAUAUAUAUAUAUUAGUUAUAUAUAUAGUAUAUAUAUUAUUAUUAUUAUCAUGUAUUAAAAUACGAAUUCCAAAGUGCAACGUUUUUGAACACACCUCACUGUAGUAGUAGUAGUAUUUGUAGUAGUUGUAGUAGUUGUGUUAGUUGUAGUAGUAGUGGUAAUAGUAGUUAAAUAGUAGUAAAAGAAGAAAGAAAUAAGUUAAAGGGUCAACUACAAAGAUUAAUAGCCUGGUUUUACCUUCAAUUCUUAUAUUUGUCCUUCUAAAAACGCGUUUAGAAUUUGUACUUAGCUGAUUGCCAGUGCAUUAUUUUUCUUGAAAUUUAACCAGCUUUUUAAACAGUCGCAUGUGAAUGCGACUUUAAAGACCACCUUUUCGGUACUAACACACUGAUAUUUUACAUAUGUUAGGCUAGCAUUGACGGAAACACAUACAGACUCCUUACACCGGGAUAUAGCAGAUUUGUGGAGUAAAUCAGACAUCUCAGAGGCCUCAGAAAUGCUAACCCACGCGAUAAGAGGAAAAAUUUUAUCCAUACUUUUCAAAUUUUAGCGCAAAAUCUGCCGCGCAAACUUGCUCACACGUUUAACUGCUGGCCAUAAGCGUGCCGUAACACUUAGAAAGACUAGCAGCUUUAGAAAGCUGAAUUUGCGUUGAAAAUUUUGAUACCAAACAUGGUAUACCUUGCGAAGUUUCUCUGGAAAAAUUGUGCUCCGAACGAGUGCCGGAUCUCGGGAAGGAAGUCGGUAUCGCAGGUAGAAGCUGUUUUUCUUUCUCGUAAGGCUCAGGAUUUUUUGCGUUCUUUGCAGGACUUCAAAUUUUAGGGUAGGGUUAAGAUCAGCGUCAACUAUAAGUCUCCACUCCGGCAAGUGAAGUACCAGGUACAGGAACACUGGGAAAAUUAAUUUUCUUUUUUUUUUACCUUAAGUCUUAUUAUUUACAGCAGUACACAGACAGCAGUCUAUAUAACGGCACCCCACUUCGGUAAAUUUUCCAUCUGUAAUUUUAAACCGAUUUUUUUAAAAUAUUAAAAAUCUCUCCAUACAUUCCUUUGUAAAAUUUGACGCCAUUUUUAGAGUUACAUUUCUAAGAAUCUGCUUACAUUACGCGAGCGCUUGGCCACAAUAGUUGGCGAUGAGUAGUAGUAUUAGUAGUAGUAGUUGUAGCAGUAGUAGUUGUUGUGGUUUUAGUGGUAGUAGUAGUUGUAGUAGUAGUUGUUGUAGUAGUAGUAGUAGUAGUAGUAGUAGUUUUUGUAGAUUUUCUUUUCAUUGCGCACGAUCUUUCUCUUUCUGACACAAUAACGUUUUUACCACAAUUAAGUAAGUCAUACGUUUAUUAUUUUGGGAUUUGUCGAAGACUCGGCUUAAGAAUAAACCGUACAUUCAAAGCAAGUUAUAUUUAUUAUUUAUUAUGUUAUAUUUAGUCAAAAAGGACUAAGCCUUUAUGGGUAAUCUCUGGAGCAUCAGUCCCCUCUGGAGCAUCAGUCCCCUCUGGAGCAUCAGUUCCCUCUGGAGCAUCAGUCCCCUCUGGAACAUCAGUCUCCUCUGGAACAUCAGUCCCCUCUGGUACCUCUGGGAGGUCUGUUUCUUCCGGCCCUUCAGAUGUACCUGAUGACGACAUGUACACAAUGCACUCAAUUAAAGUAAAAAACCCUCAGUUUUGUUCUCAUCCAUAAUUCGCAACGUGUCUAUGAAUGAAGUAUAGUUAACUCCAAAACUAAUUUCGUCGUUUGAAAGACCUACAUGCCAGCAUAUUUCAUUUCAUUUUGAGCUCCAAAAGUUCUCUCUCAAUUGGGAUGGAACGGAAAAACAAUCUUCAAAGUUUUGAAACCUUGCGGCUAAACUCGACGGGAACUUGCAGCCGAAGGAAAGUGCACACGUCAUGUUAUGGAUGUACGGCCAUGCGUACAUAAGGAUUUUAACAUACUAGCUCCUUAGGAAUUAGGUAGGACUUGCGCCCGCAAUAUGCUACAACAUUACAAUUUUUCUCCGAGCGAUAGAAAGUGUUUGUCUCUCCUUCCUUCUUUUUUAGCUUUUAACUUUGUACUCGCAAAUAAAUGUUCAAAUUGUCGUCAUCUUUUCAGAACUUCGUUUUUUUUUAAACUCAAAGUUCUCUCUUGUUGGCCAAAACAUCAAGUUAAGCAAAGUUUAGUACAUAUAGUAUACUUUGACUAGGAAAGGUCAUACAUGUAAGUAUUGAAAAGGUAUAAUCCACAAAAGUAUGAACUGUUGUAAGCCUUCUCCUAAUCAAGCUUUGACAUUAAUUGCAAAAAGGAUAAUUCUAAAACUAGAAAAAAUGUUCUAGUAAAUUUACUUGAACUUGCCUGGUGAAGAGAUAGCUGUGAGCUGUCCCACAUAAAAUGCAAGGAGUAAGAGGAGCAACAUUCUCGAACUCAUUAUUUUCUGCAGCUGUUUUCUUCCUCGGCCUUUCUUUGUUAGAGAUAGCUGAGUAUGACUUCUCUGUGUGGCAAGUUAGAGCUUAAUAUAAGCUGCGCUACUUAUUAAUUAAAAUCAGCCAAGCAGCUCACUUUUCGGCUUCUUAUAUUGGUUUGAUUUGAGUAAUAACACAGCAAUAUUUAUUUUGCUUAUCAAUGCUUGCGGUUUCAAAUUAGAGGCAAAGGAAAUGAGACUAUGUGGCCAACAAUCCCUUUUUACCUAUUUCGCACAGACACAUUCCCAAGAGACGGAAUGUCUUCCCUCGCUCGUCCACAAGGUUCGAAAACUGUAAUUCAGUUUUCCUGUAAGAUUUUUUAUUUCGUAAACGCUAAUUAUAUGAGCAAAUGUACUUUUUAGGAAGAAUAUCAAUCAAUUGUCGAGGAAUAAUACUGGACCUCUUCUAGAGGGAUAAUACUGUACCUCUUCUAGAGGGAUGAUGCUGUACCUACGUGAUUUAAUCAUUUCCGACCCGAUGGUCAUCAGGACUACUGAGACACGUGCUAUUUACUUCUAUUUAACUAUUUACUCCUACACUCGUAUCUCCAGGAAAUGUGAUCUCAAACCGAACGUUGUUCUCAGUAGGCUACCAGCCCUCUAAAAGUCCACCAACUCCCUAGGUGAAAAAGUAUAGUCGUCUUUACUUUAGUCCAGAGUUUAUACUGUAUUGCAGUCCCAAAGAGCUUUUAAAAAAACAUAUAAGUAAAGACAGGCGAGUUUCAUAUCGUAAAAAGUUGGACGACAAUCAUAGCAACAAAUAUUUGGUAGCUACUGGGGGAAUAUUCAAUAUAUCAAUGACACUCUCAACUUUUUCCGAGCACUUCAUGAAAAAAAGGAAGAAUUAAGUUCCACCGCACACAGCAUUCGAGUGCUUCUUGAGUUGAGGUUUUCUUAGAUCGCAUCAUCGUAAUUGAGUGCGAACUACUCAUUUUAGUACGUGCCAUGAAUUUAAAAGAAACUAUGGAAAUCUAUAUUUUCGUGUGUUGCAAAAUGACACCCUAUAAAAUUCUUCUUGGAAAGUUUAUGUACAGACGACUAGUACUCAAACAUGUGCUGAAGCUCCUCCGUGGUGUAAAAGUUUGAGUCUUUCAACAUUAAUGAUGAGACCUCUUGGCUUGACAGCAGGGUUGCGGCAGGAAAUCUUACGCAAAAUAAAAAGAAACACAACAAAAUAAGGGAUUGCCGGGUCACAGGCAAUAAUAAUAAUAACAAUACCAUCUAAAAUUCCUUUUAAAGGAAGAUGGAGAAUUAAUUGAGCCGUUCGAGACGUUAUUUAACCGUCCUUCUUUCUUGUUUUGAACCAACAUGAAAUAAUGGUUAGCUUGGAAUUUACCUCGAUCUAAGUUAGAAUUCUUCGUUUUCCCUAUUAGGAUUCUGCUCUUUUUACGCGAGUUGUAUGAUAUGCCGCGUUCUGUGCAAUCGAAGACGAUAUUGGGCCAAUUAUGUGAGAACGCGUGAUUUGACAGCCCUGCAAAAUAGCAAAUUUAAGACAAGGGAACCCAGGAAGACUUGUAAACCCUCCUUGAAACUGUUUUUGAUCUUGGGUUGGUGGCCAGUCUAGCUGAAUAUUCUGAAGACAAGCAAUGUGAGCGCGGAAUGACACCUAAUCAACGAAUUCUCCUUUUUUCUUUUCUUUGCAUGUUUUCUUUUAUGUUUUCCUUUCUCGCUUGAAAUGAUGAAUACCACUUUAGGUGUCAUGCCCUGGAAUAAACAACUUAUUAUCCAUUAACACUCAAAUCCCAUGCCAAAUAUUGUAUUUGCAUUUCAGAAAGACAGUCGCUAUUUUUUCUGAAAUACAAAUAGUACAGUUUUUAGUGUUUUUCACCAUAUAAACAUGUUCUUCUAAAUAUGUUGUGCGUAAUGAGGGAGCUAUGAAGAUAUUCAUUAAAUUUACUACUCUCAUAACACAGGUUCAUUCAUUCACAAAGAUCUAGGUUACAGGUAAAGACUUGAUCCUUCGGAGUCUGAGUGAAAUCAUCUAAGAGUCAAGCCCAAUACCAGGCCAUUUUUCGUUCAUAGAAGCGUGCGGGAAGUUGCCAUGUAUGCACACUGUCUAUCAAAUUUACCCGUACAGAUUAUGGAAAAUCGGACCGAGAAAUCUGUGGAUCUGAGAGGAAUCAGGUUUAGUUUGCCACGUCCUACUCCGGUGACAAAAAAUAAGAUCUCUCAUUAUCAUUGAUUCAUUUUUCAUCCACUACUAUCUUAUUUGCGAAAAUCUGUGUAUUAUUCUCAAAACGUUCGGGAUCAGAAGCUGGUUUGAUUGAAACAUGAUUCAUUAUUUGUUAAAAGAAGGAAAAUUUAUUUUCCACUACAAGAAAGCUUAAUACAAGUCAUGUAAGGCGCUUAGUAUGAUUUACCCAGCAGAGUGUUGCAUGUGUCACUGUACAACGUCAUUUUAUCUGUUUGUUUUUAAGUUUCGCAAAUACAAUAGAAACAGUCUUGAUUAAGCUAAAUCAUUCCCCCUCAAUUGUGUUUCUUUCGAUAGUAGUUAUCGAGCAUGUAGUCUUCGAAUUUUCUGAAAUAAUUAUUCAAAUAAUCAUUAAGGGAGUCGUCGUCCAUUCUCUUUCCACCUUUCUCUUCUCUUUUGUCCUCUUCUUCUUCUUCUUCUUCCUCUUCUUCACCACUUCCUUCUUCUUCUUCUUCUUCUUCUUCUUCUUCUUCUUCUUCCUCUUCCUCCUCUUCAUCGUCUUCUUCUUCUUCUUCUUCUUCCACUUCUUCUCCACUUUCUUCUUCUUCUUCUUCCUCUUCUUCUUCCUCCUCUUCUUCCUCCUCAUCCUCCUGUUCAUCGUCUUCUUCUUCCCCUUCUUCUCCACUUUCUUCUUCUUCUUCCUCCUCCUCCUCUUCUUCCUCUUCCUCUUCUUCUUCUUCUUCUUCUUCUUCAUCGUCUUCCUCCUCUUCUUCUUCUUCUUCUUCUUCUUCUUCUUCUUCCUCUUCUUCUUCACCUUCUUCUUCUCCACUUUCCUCUUCUCCCUCCUCACCUUCUCCAUCGUCAUCGCGUGCGGGCGAGUCUAAUGAACAUUAAACAGAUAACAACGAUUACUUAAAGAUCAUGACUACAAAACCAGGGAAAGAGUAACUAUUACUUAAAAGCUUCAAAUGCACGUUGCUUUUGACAUAAAACCUUAUCAAACAAGGGUAUAAUUUCAUAACGGCCAAGGCUUUCAAGGAUGACCGACUGAACAGGCACUGUUACUCUAAAUAGCGUGGGCGCCAAUUACAUCCUUUUUCGAAAUUGAGGCAAUAGAAAACGAGCGUAACCUGAAAAUUUUUGAAUCAAUAAAGGUUUUUCAUCUUACGAAAAAAAGAACCUAAUCUACAUUUGAGCCAGAGCAGUUACGUAGUGAUUAAAUUCUUUAUUGUAAAUUGUCGCGAUCCUUUAUUAUAGCACACAAUGAAUGUUUUGUGUCCUUAUCUUUAAAUAACACUUGAAGUAGUUCCAUGCAUGACCUCGGUCACUCUCGACAGUUCCAUUCUGCAACAUAAUGCUUGAGAGUGCAAUGAACCUUUCACCGGCGUUUUUUUAAAUUUCCCUCAAUCAGUGGACUACACAUAAACGAUUGAAUCAAUGGCAACUACUUGCUCUUACCCAAACUUUUGAUGUAGUUCUUUACAUCCUCAAGCUCUUGGCUAAAGCGUUCAAGGUCUGUAAAAAUAAUGAUGAGCUAAAUUUAGUGCAUAUCAAUGUUUGGUGUCUCAAGUGGAUCAAUGGUCUUAUAGAAUUUCAACAGAAUGGUUCUGCUGGGUCCCUCUUGUCCGAGAGCUCUCUGAACAAAUCUUCGAGAUCAGUAAUUUUGAAAUACUGAAAGAUUUACUCCAUUCUGUUUGUCAUAAUAGUGGGAAAUUAUACAGCUGGUAAUUAAUUACUAACAAUGUCGUAUUUUAUUUUUGUCCUUAUGUAUCCUUUCUCAAACCCCUAUCUUUGAAACUAAUAGAAAUCUCUGUGGUUAUUAUUGUGUAGGGUGGCGUAACAUGUCGUCGAUUUUUUAAAUGUGUCACAUAACAGGCCGUGUUACUUGAACAACAGACAUAAAUAAUCAUCUCGAUGAGUUGAACUACUACAGUCACGGUCUAAGCUACCUUCAUCAUUGUCUUAUUUACUGAGAGUCAAUGAGUUCAGUUCUAUGAUUAUUCACAGCCACAGCCACUUUUAAUAGGCUUUCUUAAUUUCUUUAAGUUUCUCUGACGCCAAUAAUAUCCGCCACUAUAUACUAACGGAGUAAUAGCUAUGCUCCUCGCUUGACAAUGGAAUCACUGGGUCAUCCUACGCAAAGUGAUUUUAGAAACUUUUAUUAAAACAACACAUUUUCAAAACGGCAACUACACGAUUAAAUGUUUUCUUUUCAUGUUGUUGCGUUGAUGAUCACCAGAGUGGGUUUUAAGUGAUGUUCACUUAUCUAUACAUUUGAAAAUGAUGUUCAUGCAAUUAACGUUUUGAUCUCAAGCCACAUACAAGUGGUCUUGAAAACAUACAAAUAUUUUGACUGAACCUAAUGGUCGGUUUGUGUGAAUGAGAGACAAUACUAUCGUCUCUCAUCCAAACAAACCGACCAUUAUCGUUACAUGAUGUAAUCAUAUUUUUGCUCAAGACUCUAUAAUAUCUUGGCUGUGACAGAAAACGAAGAUGACAACAUCCUUAAAAAAUGAAGGCCACUAAGGAAUAUUACAGACGAUAACAAAUGUGUCGCUACUUUAGACUCGGACGAUCAAUGAAUAAGAGCGAAUUUUGUCAGUCUAGCUCUAGGGAAAAAAUAUCGGAUUUUGUAUCCCACUGCCUUCCGAAAUAUAUCAAGCCCAGACUUCUCACAAAGGAAUCUAAGGAGCGGAAUCUUUGUAAGCUUGCCAUGGCUUUCUAUCUGUCUGCAACUUUGUUAAAUCUGUCGGAUGGGUAGUGCUCUGUAAGAAAACUAUGCACUCGUGCGCUGUCGACUGAUCAAGAUUAAUGUAGAGGGCUGCAAUAUCAAUCACUUAAAUCAUUGUUCGCUUCUAAUUACAGCGAGAAAAAAGCUUUCUAUGAAACGAGAAAAGGUAUCUAAUCUACAAUUUUAUUGUAUUCCAUUUUAAUUUAUUGACUUCUCUCUUUGUUCUUCACCUUUUUUUUUUUUGGUGGGUUGUUCGAGUCGGAAACCUGUUUACGCCCUUACAUUGUCAAAAAAAAUUCCUCGCUUCACCGGAGCACAUUCAUCAAUUAUUGCUCAUUUAGCCUGAAAAUGAACUUAAAUGUGUUUUUAACUUAGCUAAAGAGCAACACUUGGCUGUGUCCUUUGUUUCCAUCGUGUUUUCAAACAUUUCAGUCGUUGAUUCUGGUAUACAUUAUGGACUAUUUUGGUCGAUUUAUUUUCAGAUUUUCGCUCGACUAGAGCACAAUUUCGCUCCAAUUAUCUCUCAUUCAGCAUAAAAAUGGCAUUAUAACGUGUUUAAAUCGUUGCAGCGCAACAGUCGGCUGCAGUGCAACAGUCAGCUGCAUCCUUUGUUUUCACCAGCUUGCUCCUCACAACAAAAUAAUAUUGCUUCUCGAAAUUGCGUAAUUUGUAAUGAGCCAGUUUCCUCGAUACAUGGCCCAAAGACUAUUCUUGACAACUUAAGGUUAAAGUUAGCAUGUAAGGCGAAGUGUAACAUUUUCAGAGAAAAAUAAUUGAUUCACGCAUUACGUUAAGUUUUAUCAACUGAUGCUAAUCUCUGUCAGAACAUUAAGUCACAAACUUAUUAUGCACCGGCAAAUUGACACAGCUAGUUGCUUGUGGUUGCAUUUUGAAUCCGAAAAUUCUGAAUGCCAACUUAACAGUGUGGACUUUUUUUAGAAUUCUUGCAUCUCUAAAUAUCCAACUAGGACGCGGAUUUUCUUCUUGAACUAUAAUUAUCUUCUGCCAUGUGAUAUUUCUCGUAUUCAAUAAUGAUAUAACUAUACUUUCUAACUAUACUUUCCCUUGUUUGCAAGUUUAGUACUUGUUGAAAUUUCAGUUCUAGAUCUAGUUUUGAAAAGCUUCGCUUUAUGGAGGCUGCAGCAGCUGGAAAACUGAGCAUGUAUCAAUUGCUAUCGUUGGCUUUCCUUUGCCUUGCCUACUCGGUCCGCACACACACAUGCAAACACGCAUGCAAAGAGCGUUUCGGAGUGUUUCCUUGUUUUUAGAAGCAAUCAAAAUACAUUAGACAAUACAGAUGCUAUUUAAACAGAUUUUCUUUUCAUUUGUCAAGUUUUCUUCAGUGAGAUAUUUACAACCUCUUUAGAUUCUUCAUUAAAGGGGCUUGAGCGAGGUGGCAGACUAUCGGUCUGUUUUAAGGAAUGGCAUGUUAUCAUAAAUUACCUAUUUUAUUUGUUGGUUUUUUUCCUGUUAGUCUUUUUAAACUUACCAACACGUCGAGUUAACUUAAAGCCAGACAGCUGCCCUAGCAGGGCAAGGAAACACAACAGAACGAACGCUUUGGAAGCCAUUUCGUGAGCUUUGAUCCUUGCUGUCUCUCUAAAGCUUGUUUGAUGAUGCCUCUGUGCAGAAUAGUUUUCGAGAAAGAGUCCUAUAAGUAUGCAAAGAAAAACCGCUAAUUAGCGUGACCGCAACGUUAGCGUCCAAUAUUGGCUGAUAACAAAUUCAGUGGAAUAUUUUUCAAAGGUUAACCAACCAAAAUAUGAAUACGAACGUUAUUUAAAUUAAGUAGUGUUUCUCCAGUGCAUUAUCCAAAACAUGCUAUAUGUUAGUCUCAUUAUACACAUUUUAACUAGCCGUAAUUUUAGUUGUUUUUCUCUGUCACACAUGCAAAUAAUGUAUUCAUUAUCGCUGUUUGAUGGUCCAGAAAGCUCCCAAGAAAAAGUGCUCUGGCCUCCAAUUGGCUCUGAGACGGAAAAAACGGAAAUGCUGAAAAUUCCAGGUCCAAUAUAUCAGUCACAGUUUAGCGUCUUGAUUGUCCUAGUAGAAUUAUUUUAGGGCGUACAUAAUAAUAUUGACUAAUAGUUAAUUUUUCCCUGACUUUGAACUUUUAAGGUGGUUGCUGAGAAGGUAAAAACGAUCUCAAGGAAUCCACCUUUGUUCUUCUGGAGCUCAGUGGUUGCAUAUAGUCUCGUGUUACUCGUAUGCACCAUCCACGACCACGAAAUAUCGUUCUCGAUUUAUCACUUUCGCUAUGAAAGGAUGGAAAAGAUAACAAUACACUCUAUUUAAUUCAUUUAACGAGCAGCUGAUGCUGUUGAAAACGACUUUGCCAAACAAAACUUCUUUUAUUUCUCCAGUUAGAACGCAUGAGCUCUUUUAAUAAAAAUAAAAGGAGCACUAGAUGUUAUAGGAUGACUCUGAUCUUAUUAAGUGACAUCUUAAACAUUUGCAUGACUUUUUCUUCAGUUUUUUACGCAUCGUUAAAGGUCUAUGAAAUUUAAAAGUCUUGGUUCAAUGAUCGUACACGAAAGACGCUGCUAGAAAGGACUUGUUUGAAGCGCGAUAGUGAUCGCCACGGGCAAAAUGGGUGUGGGAUGAAUAAGUGAAUCCAGCAGACUUUUGUUUGUUUGCAUGUCAAUGAGCAAGCACUCGGAACCUCUGAAGAACCUUCAAUUUUUAGGGAAAAACAAAACAAAACUCCAUAACUAAAAAUGAAAAAUGAAUAAACAAAAACAAACAAACAAACCAAAAAAGAAAGCCAAACAAAAUGACUCUAAGACUCAAACUGAUAAUUCAUUAAUCAUUAUGCGUUUGAAGGAGGCGCCAUGAUUCCUUGGGAAAUGGAAGGAAGAAAAGGACGCCGUUGAAAAAAAAUUGCAUAUAUUGCUUUUUAUAUUUUUUAUUGAUGUAAGGCCUGUCAACCGCGACAGAAAUAUCAAUAGCUUAUAUUAAAGUUCACACGGUAGGCCGUCAGACAUGGUUUGAUGCUACUCUGGUUUACAGGUUUAUUGAAUGUAACCGAAGAAGUUACAAUGCAUAGACCCAACGUUUCGACACUCCUGUUUAGUGCCUUCAUUAGGGGUGAUCUAAACGCUGCAACAGGAGGUUCUUUUAUAUGAUCACUAAUUAGCUGCCUUUUUCUGACUCGGUGUAAAUAGGCGUCAAGAAGCAAGCCGCCAUCGUCACGAUUUAAAGGAGCGUGGGCGGAGUUAAUAUACCAAGCCUCCGAACAAAGGCGUUGUGGUAACGUCGAUUAGUGGUGAUAAUUUUAGAAUUAUCCCACCCAAUUGUAUAGUUACUUAGGCAUGUGUGCUCCGAUAAAGCUGAAUUUUCCUUUUUGCAAAAGAAAUCGGUUUUUGAUGCUCUUUUAAACGUGUACCAAACUGACGUCUGGUCAGAGUCCAACCAGUCGCUAGUUCCCUUUCAUCAGGAGUGCUACUAGUUGUAACUGGUUUUUGGCGGUUACGGAGAAAGGCUUUUGUAUAGCCAUUUGCCUUUAGUUGUUUUCAAACACCUUUUAUGUUUCUUUUGAAGCGUAAAAGGUCGAUGUAGAUUAGUUCAAAUUUGAACAUCAAUUAAGCAUGUCUUCCUUUAUCAUUUUAAUUUUACUAAAUCAUGAUUGUCAGACCUCUGAAAGUUUGGCAUCUGAAUGAUACAGUUUUCUGUGAUGAGCUUCAGAAGAAAACGAGAUGGGCAUUUUUGAAACUAAUUGUGUAAUAUUCGGCGGAUGAAGUUAACUUUAGGCAUUGUCGCGUGCAAUAUCAUAUUUGGGAGUAACAGACAAAAAGGUCAUAUUCAUUAAAGGAAAAAUUUAAUUAGAAUUAUUCUGGAAGAUCAUUCCGACGCAUUAUGUUUUAGGUGGAAGGCCCUCUUUUCGCCCUUGCCCAGAAGAAGCUAAAAUAAUUCAAACGCUACACCGUGAGACUUUAAUAUAAGAGGGAGUUCUAACUCCUUCCUUAAAGUACUCUUCUCUUAUCGUAAACAAAUCACAUCGUGGCCGUGUAAGAGUACAGGAGUGAAGGAUUUUAUUCCUUACAGCAAUUACAAUGUUUUAGUUUAAUUUGCAUUUUUCAUGAACUGUUUGUGCACUAUCUGUGACAAAUUUUCGUAAUUGUUAAACUCGAAUUUUAAGUAACUCGUCAGGGAAGCUUUGAUGUUGUUUUUCAGCUGUCAUUGUUCUCUAUGUUGUUGUGUUUUGCACAUUUGAAGACAGGAGGUACAGACUAAAUAUGCCUUCCCUUUUUCAAAAAGUAGACUGCUGUUAACGUCCUCAGCUCACGUUCUUCGUGAAGUUUUUGAUAUACUGAUUGCGCCACAGCCAGAGUCCAUUCGCCGCUAAGUCAAUCAGUUUCCGACGUCAGGGAUAUCAGUAUGGAAGCUAUUCCAGUUGCGAAUGGAACACCUUACUUAAUAGCACCUGGUAUGCACAAGAAUUUACAAGGAGUUACCUCUGCUGUCUCUUGGAAAAGAAAACCCGCAAUAAUUUUACUUCAAAUAGCCUUUGUUAAACUCAAGUCAGUUUAUCGACCGAUGGUUGCGGGUCUCAUUGGGGUUAACCUUUAGCCGAAAGACGGCAAAAAAAAACAUUAGCCGCUGGGCGUAAAAACUGACAAAUUUUAACUGGUAGUCAUAAUAUUUCAAAUUUUCACAUUUUUCCUUAGCUCGAUGUACACUUUUAUUUGUAUUGCCUUGAGGCUGAUGCGGUUCCGACAAAUACACAUUUUAUCCCGAUAUCUAAAACAAGGACAUUUGGCGCAGGUACCCUUGAGUCAUACUCUUCGGACCGAAAGUGUCUGUUUUUCGCGCGUUUGAUGAGUUGACUGGGGACCCCAUUUGUCAGAAUGAUGGUAUAACGGAAUACGCUAAAACGAAGAAUGACGGAAUAUCCUAAGACGCCGAAAUGACGGAAUGUGCGCGGAAUGAGAUCUGAAAGGACCUGAAAGACCUGAAACUCUACUGCCUUGUGAAAACAGUAUGAAAAUGAAAAAAUAUUUGAAAUCAACCCAACAGCAGCUUCGUCUGGCUAAACCUAGGUUUAAAGAGUCAGACAAGCAAGAACAGCAGACAUCUCUGACACUGAGAAAAGAAUCGUUUGUAAGGAGCAGCGCAGCCUAAGGAAUGUUUUUUAGCUGUAGAGAUGCAAUAAGAGUAAAAUGUUGUGCGGUAGGAUAUUUAUCACACAUAAGGCUGCAAGAAAUGAAAGAAAUCGUUCAUGAUCUUUGCCGAGACAAAGUGCAUGAAUCUCUCUGAAGACUUGCAUUUGGGUACAGCCAAUAGUUCCGAAAUAUUACCUUCGUUUUAAAUUAAUCACUCAAUAAAACUUCACUGGAACAAGCAUCUGUCUGAGGUGGUACAGACAGCAUCUAAACGCCAAUAUUUGCUUACGAAAUUAAAAUGCGCUUAUGCAAAGCCAACAUAUUAAGAAUCUACAACAGCGGAAUAAGGUCUGUUUGUGACUUCGCCGUCUCUUUGUAGAUAAUGACCCCAUAUUUUAGAUGGGCAUGACGACUACGUUGUUCACAGGAAUAUAUCAAUCAACAAAGAUUGACAAACUAGAAUCAUGACAUUGUCGAUAAAUUAAAUGGGAGGAAAAGAAAUCAAAUGUACUUGUUAUAGCAAAAUUUUUGCCCAUCGUCUGUGGCUUAUUUUGUGUUCGCGUCCCUCUUCAACCCAAUCCAUCCCUCUCUGCUCCUUUUUUUCCUUGUUAAUGACGACAAAAUAACGUAGUAAUGAUUUCGAGAGGUACCAUCAGUAUCGUCGUUUAUGUUAUUCUCUCCUAAUUCGAAUUUUCGUGGAAAAUAGUGUAAGCUGUUGUGGUGUUUCGAAAUAUUACUUUUAGUUUUCUUUUCUUUUUUCUAUUUUUUUCCAUGGCCGAGUGCUGAGCAUAUUUUUUGAAACACGUAGCUAAUAACUUAAUUAAUUAUUUCUUUUAUGGCGAACGUUAUACUAUGUAACCUGAUUCUCAUUAAAGAUGACAAGCAAUAAGGUAAUACAGAUGAUAUAAUUAUAUGAAGAGAAUCGUUCAACAAUUGUUUACAGAAAAUUAUGAUUUUAUUGGCAAUUGCUUGAACUAGGCUUACGCAUAUUCGACAAAAACUUGUAAUCGACUUUAAGCCAUUAGUUGUUUUGUGUUGUAGUGGCAAAUAUUGUAUUCUAUCAUAAACUGAUUUAAUCUUUUAGCGUCUCAUAGUCUCCGUAAUCUUUAUUUUAGUCAUCGCCUUCUUCUUCGUCAUCAUCGUCGUCGUCUUCUUCUUCAUCAUCAUCGUCAUCGUCAUCAUCGUCGUCGUCGUCGUCAUCAUCGUCGUCGUCUCCCCCUUCUUCCUCUUCUUCGCCUUCUUCCUCUUCUUCGCCUUCUUCCCCUUCUUCGCCUUCUUCCCCGCUCUCCUCUUCUCCACUAUCGUCUUCGUCUGAAAUUAAAAAUUUCAUAUCGCAAAAUAUUACCAUC